CUCGGAAGUCGAUAUGCCAAACAUUCAAAAAUAUGCGGGAAAAGGAAUAAGUUUCAAAAACGCUUUUGCGCAGCUGUGGGAGUUCAUAAACCACACAUUCCACUGAAAUUUCUAAGAAAAUAUCUAGCAAUGGUACCAAUGGCGAGUGUGAAACCACCGACAUUUCCCACUUUUCCCGAAUCAGUACCAAUCGUAGCCUGGCAUCCUUGGACAGACAUACGUAGAAGAGACGAUAUGAAGCGGCUUAACAUUUCCUUCCCUUUUGGCACGAUGCCCCCAGAAUGGACGUUGAAGAUCAGGCAAAGCUACUAUGCUGCCUCAUUAUACGUAGAUGCUUUAAUCGGACAACUACUGAAGUAUGUGGAUAAAACGAACACUGUUAUUGUUAUCACCAGCGAUCACGGUUGGUCACUUGGUGAAAACGGUAUGUGGGCGAAAUACAGUAACUUUGAUGUUGCCUUGAAAGUACCGUUAAUUUUUAACAUUCCUGAAACUGCGCCAAGAGUGGUAGACACCCCAGUUGAACUUAUUGAUAUAUUUCCAACUAUACUGGAUCUCGUUAACUUAAAUAAAGACAUACCAAACUGUAAGGGAUCUAAUGAUAAAGCACUUCUAUGUUUCGAAGGGAAAAGUCUAGUAUCCUUAAUGAAAGGAUCGCAGGGAAAGAUAGAGAAAGCAUUUGCGAUUAGCCAGUACCCACGCCCCAGUGUCUACCCAGAACAUAAUUCAGACAAGCCACGUCUUAGAGAAAUAAAAAUAAUGGGGUACAGCAUUCGAACAAAAAAAUACCGAUACACAGAAUGGAUAAGUUUCAACAGCAGUUUAUUUACAAAAGAUUGGAAUACAAUACAUGGCAUAGAGUUAUACGAUCACGAAAUGGACCCUGACGAAUCUUAUAAUAUUUUUGACUGCAAAACAUAUUUACACACAAGAAAAAAACUUUCAAAAAUGCUUAGGACUCAGGUUAACUUAUAGUAUUACAAGAUUAUGUCCCCCAUUUCGUCUGCAUGUGUACCUUAGAUACUUUAGAUAGUCUCUUGUUGUUAGACAACAGAUAAAAACACACCAGGUUUAAUACUGUAGUGUGCGUGAGAAACUAUGUCUUACACUCGCAAUAAUUUUUUUAUUUAUUUAAGGAAACAAACAGUAUAAUAUGCACAAUGGAAAAAAAGUUACUACAAUCUGGUAUAACACCUUCACCAGUAAAAUUUACAAAAUUAAAAGUCACAUUUAGACAUGUCAGAAGAAAAAAUAAAAUAAAAGUUAAUAAAAUUAUACAAAAUUAUAUUGUAAAAAAAAA